GAUUUUCGUCCAGGUGCUUUUGGGUUCUGUUCCCCGUUCCCCCAGAACUGUGAGGAAGGAAGGAGGAUCUGAAACCUUGCUUGAUCGUCGAAGCUUUCAUUUUGCGGUUGAUUAUCGUUGCUUGGAUCCACUUUCAUCUAUUCUUUGGCAGGUGCUUCUUUGUUGAUGGCUGUGGUGUGGAACUUGGAUGGUAGCUUAUUCUAUCUUGUCUACUACUAAGAGGUAAAGAAGGAAGAAGUGGUAAUAGUUGGAAAGGGAAAUCCUCAGCUAACAGAAGCAGUCAAGAUUGCUCCAAAGAACAAGUAGCGGUACCGGCUAGCUAGUAGAGUGGUAAUAACAACUGUCUACUCGUCCAUCCAUCCAAAAGACAAGACAACCAUGGCGACCACCACCACCGAAACAACGACCAUGAAAGAAGAAGAUGCACGGCAGCGACAAGAAGAAGAGACUGAAGAAGAAGCUCGUAAUAAAGUGCGUUCCAUUCUGUGCAACAGUGUAAGCACACCCCGUCAACGCGAACAAGCCCUCGAGUUGCUCCAAGCCCAUCCUGCUCUCGCCAGUCAAGUCUAUCGAGAAACCACCAACGAAUCUCCGUGUCUCGAUACCAACUACACACCACUGGCCUAUUUCAUUCUCACGGGAGCACCGGUUCAACAAAUAGCGACCGUCUAUGCAUUGGCACCAUCCGCCAUUACAUAUACCAAUGCCCGCGGACGAUUGCCACUCCACGACGCGUGUAGUUUGUCAGCAUCUUGCAACGUCAUUUUCUUUUUGGCACAGGAAUUUCCAAAGGCCGCAUCCAUUCCCGACGAUUGUGGACUCUAUCCCUUUCAUCAUGCACUGCGAGCCCGACGACCACAACCUACCUUGCGCAUGUUGUUGGACUUGUAUCCACCCGCAUUGGAAACGAGAGAUUUUGGUGGACACUUGCCACUGGAACGAGCUCUUCUGGAGGGUCACCAUGCGGACGUCUUGCAAUUGUUGUUUCGACGAAUAACGACGACGACAAAACAGUACCGUCUUUUCAAAUCCAUCGAUGGGACAUUGUCGCUGGUACAAGGCGUUUCGGUACUCCUGCCACAAUUGCAGGCGUUUCACUGCGAAUUGGACACGACGUGGUCUACUGAUGCAUGGACGGCAUUGGUGGGACAAGCGUUGGCGCAAGACAAUACAUCCAUUGAAACAUUGUCCUUGCGACUGGUCCGAACCUUGUUUUAUGACGCCAAAGCGGCCGAAAGUUUGCGAGCAUUACUGCAAUCUCCCACUUCCAAUGUCCGACAAUUGACACUUUUGGGACAAGCCAAGCCAUGGCAUUGGGACGAUGAGACAGACGCGCAGAGCUUUCAAGCAUUGCAUGAUGGGCUUACAGUCCGAACAUCGAUCGGCAUGCCAACAAGGUUGAAGGAACUACGACUGUGCCACUUCAAACUAGCGGAUACACGCUUGCUCAGUAGCCUCGUGGCAAGUCCGCAGUGUCCCGCAAACGUCUCGUUGGAGAAUAUUGUCGUGAUGAAUCAAGAGCAGCAAGAUGGUCAUGCAUGUACUUCUUGGAGUCCACUGGAAAACAACUCAAGGGUGCGACGGUUGUCGCUAAAGAGUAUCACUGGACAAUGGGUUUGCGAGCUCUUACAAGACAUGUUGCAGCGGGCAUCGCUUCGGCACCUUGCUGUGGAAUCGUGUCAUGCCCGGGGCUUGUCGCUGGUGCUUCUGGACUUUCUACGACAAACACCCAUGGAAUCCUUGACCGCCAUCAAUCUGCCAAGCAGAGAUAAGACUGAGGAUCCCUACCUACCUCUGACCAGGGCGCUAAACGACAAUACCCAUCUCAUCAAAUAUCACAUUCAAGAGACUCUCAACAACAGUGACGUCCAUCAAGACAAUAACACGGCAGCAUUGGCAUCUCUUUUGGCGCAAAAAAACACGACGCUGCAAGAUACCAGUAUUAUACUGUCAGAACGACGACAACCUACAACAGACGAACAAAUUUGGUACUACACGUUGUUGAACCGUGUGGGUCGCAAGGAGGCAUGGGAUUCGGGGACGUCUCGGGAAUGCUUGACAGAACAGUUAUGCCGGACAACCAUGACCAACGAUUUGCUCGACGAGGACCUGUUCAACGCACAGUAUGGUCUUUUGCGCCAGAAUCCGAGCAUUUGGAGCAGCAGCCCACCAAACACGAGGCUGGCAGGGCGAAAACGCAAGUCGCCAAUAUGAGAAGAAAAUAGAACAUCUAGAAACUAUGAGUUCCUGCUGUAGUACGGUCGAAGAUUGUGCUGCAAGGUUGCGGUGGUGCACAACCAGUACAUGUAUCCACACAGGAAGCUGCAUUUGACCAAGAGAGAAGCCCUUGAUGUGCUUAGUUUACGGCAAGGUGACUUUCAUCUCGCAGGUUUUCUUUUUAGCUGUCGGACCACUCUUUCACGCUAUGCUUGCUCUAAAAUAGGUGCCCUUUUUUGUUCCCUUCCUUCGAGACAUCUACAUAAGCUGGACUUCUUUGUUUUUUUGUCUUUGCUAUUUCAACGAAUGACUAAACACUUGCCAACAAUGGUUUCCUGAGUUCAUCACCGUCCUUGGCGCCCCCUGCCUCGUUUUGACGACGGUGGGCCGUUGUCGUCAAUUGUGUUUCCUUUCCCUUGAGAUCACGAUCAAUGGUGAAAGACAUGCCAACCCAAAACGCGGCACAAACGACCCAAAAGAAUGUCGACAAUCCAAACAAAUUCAAUGCCAAAGCAUUGGCUUUUCCCGACAGUUCUGCUUCAUCCCUUAGUCCAAUGUCGUUGUUGUUUUCUUCCAUAGCCAUCAUGUGACUGAUCGGCACAAAUGGGUCGCAGGGCACCAGCGGGGGGCCAGGAUGCUACAAUCUGAAAGAGAAUCUUGUACAGGAAUGCGGCCCAGUAGGUCUUGGCAAAGCAAAACAUGCCAUAGAGUGGAAUCCCAGCCAUGACACUGACAAAUGCCACUCCAAUUCUUCCUUGGUUGCCCCAUCGACUAAAGGCAAAGUCCCCGAGUGAUCCUCCGAGCCACUUUCCAAAUGUUCCAGCAAUGCCAGUUGCGAACUGCAGGGCCACAAUUUGUUCUUUGGUGAAUUGUCUCCAGUCCAUGAGUAGCAACACAAAGGACAUCAUAUCCCAUGGAAUGCCACCAAAGACACCUUGUGCCACGAGACAGACAAAGGCAGGGAUCUGGGCAAUGCGUUGAAGAAUCUGUCGGACCGUCAGCUUUGGUUCGUCUGAUGCCUGUUUCUGUGCUUCAUCUUCAUCUUUGGCAUCCGAGUCAUCUUCAUCGGAAUCAUGCACUUUCCCACUAGCAUCCUUUGUGACCGCCUUGGCUCGUUUGCCAGGUGUGAGUUCGUGUUUGGCAAUCAGAGCCAUGGCGACGGAGAGAAAUCCCAAGACAUAAUAGGAUCGUUUCCAGUCUUCAAAGUACACGAUACUGGAUGCUGCUACCGUCCCGGCGAGAUUUUCGCACAUGCCCAUGUACCCAAAGGCUCGCCCUCGCAUGACGGGUGCGACCAUGCUGACGAGCAUGGUUUGACUGAGUGGCAAGAUGGACCCCAAUGCCAUACCAUUGAGCGAUCGAAAGAUUGCCUGACCGACGACGGACCCUCCCGACAGGGCAAUGCCAAUGGUGGCGGCUCCCCAGGAAAAGCAGGCGGCACUGAGGACGAGAUGAAUCUGUUGCAUGCCGUACUUGUGAACGAGCCAUCCCCAGAGAGGCAUGGAGAAGGCAUACGAGAGAUUGGUAAACAUGGAGAAGUAACCCAACGUUUCGACAUCCAUAUGGAGCUCCCGUUCGAGGAGGGGAAAGGAAGAACCCAGGAGUGCCUUGUCAGCCGCAUCCAGAGAGGCUACAACCACAAGAAUCAAAACGGGUAAGUUACAUAGGAUCACUUGACUCGUCAAGAGGUUUCGGACGGAGAGGGCGCCUUUGGUCUUCAUGGUGGUUGCUUGAUAUCAAAGGAACAAACCGGCUUUUUUCCCACUGUGGCCCGAGUUGUGGAUGAGCGAGGAUUCGAUUUCAGAACUUCUAAGCCUGUAUGCUUGGCCCUCGCUCUAUCUGCUGGCUCUCUCCUCAAGAGCUAGCUGGGAAGUAUCCUGAUAGCGACGAUACCCUUGGAGUGGGAAGGAGGCAAGGUUCAAGGUUUUAGCGAGGACGUCUUGGCUUCGAAAUUUUCACCAGUCCCGAAGCUUUUGGGUCACGGUUCUCGAACU